UUUCUUGCUGUACUUCCUCUGGUUUUAGUUAUGGGUGUCCAAGAUUUAUGGGCAGUUGUUUUUCUUGUUGUAUUCUGCUUUCAUGCUUAUGUCCUCCAUUCUCAGACCCAGAACCUUUCAUGCACUGAAAAUGAUUUUAGGGCAUUGCAGGAUUUCAUGAAUGGCUUCCAAUCAACGAUUCCAGGCUGGGACACUAAUUCCUCUUCUAAUUGCUGUGAUUGGUCUGGCAUUACUUGCAAUUCUUCCUCUUCUCUUGGCUUCAUAAAUGAUUCUGCCACUUCUGGUAGAGUGACUAUGCUUCUGCUUCCAGAUAAAAGGUUGACAGGCAAACUUGUCGACACAUUAGGCAAUUUGGAUCAACUCAGAAUUGUUAAUCUGUCUCGCAAUUUCAUCAAAGACUCGAUACCUUUUUCCUUAUUUUACUUGCCAAAACUGGAGGUUCUAGACUUGAGCUUCAAUGACUUUACUGGUUCAGUCCCGCAGACCAUCAAUUUACCCUCUAUAACCGUCCUUGACAUUUCCGCAAACAAUCUAAAUGGCUCGGUUCCUACCCACAUCUGCGAAAACUCUACUCGAAUUCGGGUCAUUCGUUUGGCAGUGAACUACUUCGCCGGUGACAUUGCACCAGGUCUUGGGAGAUGCACUUCCUUGGAGCAUCUUUGUCUUGGUAUGAAUAAUCUCACCGGUGGCAUAACUCAGGACAUCUAUCGGCUUCAGAAGCUCAAGCUGUUGGGUCUCCAGGAUAACAAGCUUUCUGGGCAGCUAAGCACUGGAAUUGGCCAACUCCUCACCCUUGAAAGAUUGGACAUUUCCUCUAACCAUUUUUCAGGUAUCAUACCAGAUGUUUUUAAUAACUUGGCCAACUUUAGCUAUUUCUUGGGGCAUUCCAAUAAUUUUAUUGGUACAAUACCCUUCUCUUUGGCUAAUUCUCCUUCACUUAAAUUGCUCAAUUUGAGGAAUAAUUCAUUGGAUGGUGCUAUUCGGCUUAAUUGUUCUGCGAUGACUAGUUUAGAUUCUCUUAAUUUGGGUUCUAAUAAGUUUCAAGGGCGUCUGCCUGAUGAUCUUCCUUCUUGCAAGAAUUUGAAGAAUAUUAAUCUUGCCCGGAACAAUUUCAGUGGCCAAAUUCCAGAAAGCUACAAGAAUUUUCAGAGUCUCUCUUAUUUUUCCCUCUCAAAUACCAGCAUCUAUAAUCUUUCAUCGGCCUUGGAGAUCCUGCAGCAGUGCAAGAACUUAACUACUUUGGUCCUAACCUUGAAUUUCCGAGAUGAACAAUUGCCUGCUCAUUCUAGUCUUCAUUUUGAUAACUUGAAGGUGCUUAUUAUUGCUAAUUGUAGACUCAGAGGAUUGAUACCACCUUGGCUGAGGAACAGCAGGAAUUUGCAGUUGUUAGAUUUGUCAUGGAACCGUUUGAGUGGAAAUAUUCCACUCUGGUUUGGUGAUUUUCAGGAUCUCUUUUAUCUGGACUUGUCAAAUAACUCGUUCAUUGGGGAGAUCCCAAAAAACUUCACUCUAUUGCCAAGCCUCAUCAACAGGACUAUCUCAUUGGUUCAACAAUCGCCAGAUUUCCCUUUUUUUAUGAAAAGGAAUGAAAGUGAGAGGGCGUUGCAGUAUAAUCAGAUUUUGAGUUUGCCACCAACACUGGACCUCAGUCAUAACUUCCUUACUGGAUCAAUCUGGAUGGAGUUUGGGAAUUUGAAAAAGCUCCAUAUUUUGGACUUGAAGCAUAAUAAGUUGUCAGGACCAAUACCAGGUGAAUUAUCACGGAUGACUAGCUUGGAGACGCUGGAUUUAUCCCACAAUAAUCUUUCAGGGUCCAUUCCUUCAUCCCUGAUACAGCUCAGCUUUCUAUCUAAGUUUAAUGUUGCUUACAACAAUCUCUCUGGGCAGAUUCCUGUUGGAGGUCAAUUUCUGACUUUCCCCAACUCAAGCUUUGAAGGUAAUGAUCUUUGUGGUGAUCAUGGCGCUCCCCUUUGUCCAGGCCUUAACCGAGUUCCAAGUGAUGCACCAAUGAAAUCAAGAAGGAACAGAGAUAUUAUUAUUGGAAUGGCUGUUGGGAUUGUAUUUGGGACAGCUUUUCUUCUUUGUCUCAUGUUCAUGAUUGUAUUGCGGGCACAUAGUCGAGGAGGGGAGGUUGAUGCUGAAAAAGAGGGUGUUGAAACCAAUGAUAAAGAUUUGGAAGAACUUGGAUCGAGGUUAGUGGUUCUGUUCCAAAAUAAGGAGAACUAUAGAGAGCUUUCCUUAGAGGAACUUCUGAAAUCUACCAACAAUUUUGAUCAAGCAAAUAUCAUUGGCUGUGGAGGUUUUGGUCUAGUUUAUAAAGCCACUCUCCCUGAUGGUAGAAAGGUUGCAAUCAAAAGGCUCUCUGGUGACUGUGGUCAAAUGGAGAGAGAAUUCCGUGCUGAAGUUGAAACCCUAUCAAGAGCUCAGCACCCAAAUCUUGUCCAUCUUCAAGGGUAUUGCAUGUUCAAAGCUGACAGGCUAUUAAUAUACUCCUACAUGGAAAACAGCAGCUUGGAUUAUUGGUUACAUGAAAAAAUUGAUGGUCCAUCAUUGCUGGAUUGGAGCACCAGGCUCAAAAUUGCUCGAGGGGCUGCAAAAGGGCUUGCAUAUCUGCAUCAGUCAUGCGAGCCCCAUAUCCUUCACCGAGAUAUAAAGUCCAGUAACAUCCUUUUGGAUGAGAAUUUUGAAGCACAUUUAGCAGAUUUUGGUCUUGCAAGGCUCAUACUACCUAGUGAUACCCAUGUGACAACUGAUCUUGUAGGGACAUUAGGAUACAUUCCUCCUGAGUAUGGCCAAGCUUCUGUUGCUACCUAUAAAGGGGACGUGUAUAGUUUUGGGGUUGUUCUUUUGGAGCUUCUUACUGGUAAAAGGCCUAUGGAUAUGUGCAAGCCGAAAGGAUCACGGGAUUUGAUCUCUUGGGUAAUUCAGAUGAAGAAGGAGAACAGAGAGAGUGAAGUUUUUGAUCCAUUCAUUUGUGACAAACAGCAUGAUAAGCAAUUACUACAGGUUUUUGACAUUGCUUGCCUUUGUCUAAGUGAAUCCCCAAAAGUAAGGCCUUCUACGACACAGCUGGUUUCAUGGCUUGAAAAUACAGAUAUCUCCACGGCCUAGCUUUGGAUGUUAGUUGUGAUACAGCUGAAGACAUUCCUUCUGCACAAAUUAUAUUAUACAAACCCCAUUUCGCUGCUGUUUUCCUAUGAAAGAGGUGAUCCUGUUGUAAAUAUUACUUCCAUAGUUUGCUUCAUGAAGCCUGUUGCUCUCUUGGGUAGAAGAGAGAGAGAUAUCAAAGUGUCUAACCAAGUCUAGGAAGCCAGUUAUCUCAAAUGUUGUAAUUUUUUUACAUCAAAAUUGAUUCCUUGGUUUCAUUGAUGAGAAAUGUUGACAUCCAGCCAUGUAUAAGAUAAUUUCUCUUUUUUUUUUUUUU